GUAAAAGCGUCGCAAAACGCGGGUCGCUUUGCGGCGCCGUAAGUCCGAGCCUGCGGCGUGGGGGGUGCGGUUGUAUUCGAAGCGUUUUUGCUGGAACAAGUAGACGCCAUUCCCGAGACCAGAUCGAGGAGAGGCUCUUCUCCAUCGUCUCCGUAGCCUCCUCUUCCCCCUUGGGCGGCGAAGAUGCUUUACCUGAUUGGUCUGGGCCUGGGAGAUGCGGAGGAUAUCACUGUCAAAGGACUGGAGAUCGUCAAGAAAUGUAGCCGCGUUUACCUGGAGUCUUACACCUCGAUCCUGAGCGUGGAGAAGGAAAGGCUGGAGCAGUUUUAUGGAAGACCAUUGAUUACUGCUGACAGACAGGUAGUGGAACAAGAAGUAGAACAAAUUUUAAGGGAUGCUGAUGACAGUGAUAUUGCCUUCCUUGUUGUUGGUGAUCCAUUUGGGGCCACAACACACAGUGAUCUUGUUCUAAGAGCAGUAAAGAUGGGGAUCCCAUAUCGAAUUGUUCAUAAUGCUUCCAUCUUAAGUGCUGUCGGCUGCUGUGGUUUGCAGUUGUAUAAUUUUGGAGAAGUAGCUUCCAUUGUUUUCUGGACAAGGACUUGGAAACCAGAAAGCUUCUUUGACAGAGUGAAGACCAACAGACAAAAUGGCUUGCAUACACUGUGCUUAUUGGACCUCCAAGUCAGAGAACGGUCUUUGGAAAAUCUAAUAAAGGGACGGAAGAUCUAUGAGCCUCCACGAUUCAUGACUGUGAACCAAGCAGCCCAGCAGCUUCUGGAGAUAGUUCAAAACCAGAGAGCUCGAGGAGAGGAACCAGCCAUCACUGAGGAGACAAUCUGUGUGGGUCUGGCCAGAGUGGGAUCUGAGGAGCAGAAAAUUGCUGCUGGCACCUUAAAGCAAAUGUGUACUGUGGACCUGGGCGGCCCUUUGCAUACAUUAAUUAUAACGGGAAACUUGCAUCCUCUGGAGGCAGAAAUGCUGAAACUGUUUCCUAUGCCAGAAGAGGAGUCUGAAACCCCGAGAGUUAAUAUCUCCUGCCCAUAGCUGCUAUUUCUACUGUCCUUUAUUUCAGUGUCAGAUGUAUAUACUAAGAUGUGCAACUUCAAAACACAAAACAAAAUGAACAUUUGUGUUCAUCUCAUGAUAUAUUAAUUUAACAAAACCUACAUUCAUUAGAGGCCAUAUCAUUCCUUCUCAUGUCAAGAUCAAGUUGGUAUAGCCUUGACCACUUCCCAAGAUAACUUUGCUUUCAGCAGGGUGUAGACAAAGCAUUAAAGUAACAUAGAUACAGGCAGAGUGGUUUUAUAACUUUUCCUUCAUGUAAGAAAUUGGGUUAAAAAUUGCUUUGACUGCAAUUACAGGGUAAAACUUAGAGGGACAGUUGGAAUUCAAGUCAUUCUGACUUAAACACAGCUCCCAUUUUUGAAGGGGAAGAAAUGACAGCUGUUAGAAGAAAGCAAAGUAAAUGACUGGAAACACUCCAGUCACCAUAAUUUGCUUGUCACUUUGUGCAAGUAUAGGAUGAAUUGUUCUGCCUGGAGUUAAUGGUAAUACUCAGAGAAACAUUUGGGGAGAACAAACCACCACCCAGGUCCCACCCACCUAAAAGUACAACGGCACAUACUCUUGUCAAGUGACACCCAUCUGUAUGGGCUUAUCUCAUUUAAACUGACAUCCUAAUUAUGUGGCACAAGGCUGGCUACAUUAUGUGGGUUAUGUAUUGCAUUAGAAAUACUGGAUCAGGCACAUAUAGUUACCAUUAGAUUUUAAAUGGAUACCAUGUUUCUCAUCCAUACUGACAAAGGACUUUGACUACAGAAAAGGAAAGAACAUUUAAAAAAAUAUAAGACAAGACCAUAAUCUGUUAAAGAUUCAUCAUUCAGUGGAACUUAUUAAAUCUUACCAUUUAUGUACAAGUUUGUUGUAUUAUAGCAGUAGUAUUUAUUGUGAACCUCAGCUUCAGUGCCAACUCUUAUGUAGUUUCAGUCAAUAAAUGUGAUGUGUGGUAACUUAUAGAUAAAUGCAAAUUCAACUAGAGAGGCAUUUCUUCCCGUGAUCAAGGCAUCUAAUCUCUUUGUUGCUGGGCACAUAGUUUGCUUAAUUAUUCCUUGGAGAUGCUUAUUAAAAAUGUAUUGUGUAUAUCAA